AUGCACACAUUGUGUGAAACCGUGGCUAAGACCUUACAGGCCCUAACCCCCAGCAACGACCCCCGACAAGUCCACGCAAAGCCAUACUACAACUACAACACCGGGCUCAUUCCCCAAGCAGUCCUAAAGCAUAGAGUACACCUCCUCGCAGCAAAUCCUAAGAAAGUCAUCACUAUUGACCCACCCUCCGUGACUCAAACAUACGGCACCCAGCCUUCACACGAAACAGAAAACCCCGUUGACAUUGCUAUAUUCGGAGAGACAGUGAAAGCCCCCCUGGGGUCCUUUGUCUAUGGUAGAGCUGGCGAUAAAGGUGCCAACUGCAAUGUGGGCUUUUACGUGAAACACCAAGAUGAAUGGGACUGGUUGAGGGCGUUCCUCACAACUGACAAGGUCAAAGAGUUGCUGGGCCCUAUUGAGUAUUCGGGAAACCCAAUCGACCGAUUCGAGAUCCCUGGUGUAAGAGUGGUGCAUUUCUUGCUGCAUGACCAUCUUGAUCGGGGUUAUAAUUCAUCUUCAAGUUGUGAUGUUUUGGGAAAGAAUACGUGCGAGUUUCUGCGGUCGAAUACAGUUGAUGUUCCUAAGGUGUUUUUGCAGCGUUGUUAG